AUGCCGUCAAAGUGUAGGUUCACUCUUUUCCUAGGCUCGUUGCUGUUGGCCGGUACUCAACUGGGAGUACACGCUGGACCAUCACCAAGCAUCCAAAGGUGGGCAGCUUGGACAACCAGCUACAACAACAAACAUGUGGUCCUAGCAGAGUCGCCGCCCCCUCCCAGCUCGCCUAGCUCAUCUGCUAUCCCUUCUCUGACGCCAACCCCAUCUGUUCCUCAGACUUCUCCUCCGCCUCGGACAACCAAGAGCGAAAAGUCAUUUAACCCAUCUGACGUACCCACAGUAUGGCCCUCCUCCACAGCCGCGGCACAGAAACCGGGAGCAGCUUGCACCGAGGAAAGCCAAUGUAACGACUCAAACACCCGAUGCGAUCGCAACCAGACCCCGGCUUGUGAUAAAGCUGCCCAGGUCUGCAAGUGCCUGGCCCUGCCCGCGACCACGCCUAAACCGACUUCCACCACAACGACGCUCACAAAAAACACCGGCAAAGCACCGUACCCUGUGGUCACGCAAUGGAUCAAGGACAUGGAGAUCAAGGUAGGCGAGCAGAAAUGCAACGAUAAAGCCUCGUUCGACAAAGAGAAAGUCAGCGGUAUGGAUAUCUUGAUGGAUAUCCAGAAGAUUUGCAAGGCGUUGGAUGAGAAGAAGCUGCGAAUAUCGCCCGAUAGCGGGGAGUAUAAAUCCAACGGACUGGGCUCAAACGGUUCCAAACAUCAUUUUUCAAUUUCGUGGAUACAGGGGUGCACGUUUCCUAGCAAGGAGAGGACAAAGUAUGGCAUGAGGGCCUUUGAUCCGAGGGAGACACAGGAGGAGAUUGAUGGCAUGAAUAGGUGCGAGUACAUGCUGAGUUGGAACUGGAAAGAGUGCGAUAAAACCAAUAGCGGCAAAGGAGGAUAUCGAGAUAUAGGCUGCCUGCGAUACGCCACGGGGCCGGGGGAGGAGGGCACCAAGGGCACGGCCGACGGUAUCAAGGAAAGGCUGAAGGAACUCGCCAAAGACCUGGGACCGUGGGAGACAAUUUUCUAA